AUGCCAACAAAAGAAAUUAUACAUAUUCAUAUAGGUCAAGCAGGAGUUCAAGUGGCAAACGCAUGUUGGGAACUCUACUGUCUCGAACAUGGCAUCAGACCAGACGGCAUCCUGGCGUUCGCAGAUGAUAGUAACUCGGCAGGAGCAUUUUUCAGUCACACUGGCGCAGGGAAGACAGUACCAAGAGUCGUUAUGGUUGACUUAGAACCUACACCAAUAGAUGAAAUACGAACGGGAACAUACAGACAGUUGUUCCAUCCAAACUCUUUACUCACAGGCAAAGAGGACGCUGCUAGUAACUUUGCUCGCGGCUACUUCGGCGUUGGACGAGAAAUGAUAGACGUAGCUCUUAACCGUGUGCGAUUGGUGGCAGAAGACUGCGGCUGUCUUCAAGGAUUCAUUAUUUUCCGAGCCUUUGGUGGGGGCACUGGUUCUGGAUUUACUGCUCUUAUGCUCGAGGGCUUAAAUAGAGAUUAUGGGAAGAUAUCAAAAAUUGAAUUCGCAAUUUAUCCCGCUCCCAAAAUAUCGCCUAUAAUCGUUGAACCUUAUAAUGCAGUUCUAACUUCUCAUGCCUGCAUGAACACUGAAGAUGUUUGCUUUAUCUUCGACAACGAAGCACUGUAUGAAAUAUUAGCACGAUCUUUAGACGUCCCAAGACCUACGUAUACCAACUUGAACAGACUCAUUGCUCAGGUUGUUUCUUGUAUGACCGCGUCCAUGCGAUUUGAAGGUUCUCUAAAUGUAGAGUUGGUGGAAUUCAGGACAAAUCUGAUUCCGUAUCCCAGGAUUCAUUUUCCGCUAGUUACUUUUGCUCCUUUCGUCCCCGCGUCGAAGGCGUACCACGAGGCUAACACAACCUCGCAGCUGAUGAUGGCAUGUUUCGAACCGGCCAACCAGAUGGUGAAGUGCGACCCGAGGCAGGGCAGUUACAUGUCUUGCUGCUUGUUGUUUCGAGGAGACGUAAAUCCAAAUGAUAUCAAUGCAGCCAUUAAUCAAAUUAAGGGUAUGAGGAGCAUUAAAUUUGUGUCUUGGUCUCCUACCGGGUUCAAGAUCGGUCUUAACUAUCAGCCUCCGAUGACGGUGCCUGGUGGAGACUUGGCAGCAUUACAGAGGGCAGUUGUUAUGGUCGCAAACUCGUCCUCUGUUCGUGUUGCAUGGGAACGUCUUUGUAAAAAAUUUUCGCUCAUGUACGCGAAAAGAGCGUUUGUACACCAUUACGUGGGAGAAGGAUUGGAAGAAGGUGAAUUCAAAAAUGCUUUACAAAAUAUAAAAGCUUUGUCCAAUGAUUAUAGAGAAAUGGAAGGUUGA